UUCACCUAUCUGUUGAACAUGUCGCACAUGUUGUUGUAUAUUAUUCUCUUCAUUAUUGCUGGAGGUUUGUUUACUUGUACAGGUCAACCAUUUGCUCCAGUAAAUGUAAAGUUAUUAAGUUGUCGAGGGAAUUCGGCCAAUAUCAAGUGGACUAACGGGGAUAACAACAAUGUUCCAUUUCAAUAUGAAAUUCAGUAUAACACAUCAUAUCAUCCAGAUCAAUGGGUCAAUGCCAAAACAGUGAAUAACACAGACAGUGCCUCUAUUCUACUGUCACCUUAUACAAGAUACACAUUUAGAGUAAUAGCUACAGACGGUGUUGGCAAAAGUUCAACAAGUCGUCAUACACAACAAGAAUGCAGAACUCCGUCUGCUAGGCCAUAUAAAAACCCCCGGAAUAUUUCAUCAAUUGGAGAUAAAAAAGGCAUGCUUAAAAUUUUAUGGACACCAAUAAAAGAAGAGGAACAUAAUGGUCCUGACUUUAGAUAUGUGAUACAUUUCAAACAGCGGGAUAGUGACGUUAGUUCACAUCUGUACCAAGUUUAUGACUGGAAAAGAAGUUCUGAAGAAUUUGUGGUAGGACAACCAUAUACACCAUAUUUAGUGACAAUACAAGCUAGAAACGCUCUCGGAGAGGCAACGGAAGUGCCGUCAGAAUACCUUGUGUAUUCAUACGAGGACAUUCCGAAAGUCUGGCCUUUGGAAGUCAAUGCUAUAGCUAUAGGUAACACUGCAGCAAAACUUGAGUGGAUAUGGGAUUAUAUUUGGCUUGAAGAACAAGGCGAGAUGAAUUACAUUCAGGGCGAAUUGAAAGGGUUUAAAGUCAGUUAUUGGUGUUCAGAAAAGAAGUCGGUCACACUGCAUGACGUUGAUAUCCCACUUGAAGAUUUCAUGUCUGGUUUGAAUUAUACAGGCAGGAAAAUACAGUCUUCUUUUGUUUUAACCAAUCUUACAAAAUGUAACAGUGUGCAAGCCAAUGUUGCUAUUUUGAAUAACUUUUAUGUAGGGCUUCCGAGUGAAACCAUUGAAUUCGAUGGGCGAGGAGGUAAUAUUGCAUAAUGAAAUAUGAUUACAUUGUUUCAUACAACGUUAUGUCGAAAUUGAAUAAAAUACAGUACAGCGAAUAACUUGUGAGAAACUUAAUUUUAUGUAAAUAUAUUUUGUUUAUCAAUAAACAAUUGUGCUAGAUGCCAAAAUGUUGUCACUGCAUUUAAAAUUUAUAUGUAGGGAUGGUGCAACAUCCAAAGUCGGUAAAAAUAUAAUGUAAAGAUUGGUGUACAUAAACACAAUAAUUACUUAACAACACAGAAAAUCCAUAAUGACGACUAUCGACAGAGGCCGCAUUAAAAAUCGUCAUUCUCACAACGGCACUUCUUUUUAAAAUACCGUUAAGGAUGAAGAAAUAAAAUGAGCCGCGUCACGACAAAACCAACACAGUGCGUUUGCGACCAGCAUGGAUCCAGACCAGCCUGCGCAUCCGCGUAGUCUGAUCAGGAUUCAUGCUGUACUUUACUUGUAAUAGGGUUGGUAAGCGAACAGCGGAUGCGCAGGCUGGUGUGGAUCCAUGCUGGUCGCAAACGACUAUGUUGGUUUUGUCGUGACGCGGCUCAAAUUUUGUUCGUCCGUUAGGCGCCUCGGCACAAUCCAAACACUAAACGUCUCGCCUUCGACAUCUUAAAUAAAAAACUUUAAAAUAAAUAUUUUGAUAAUUCUUCUUAA